AUGGAUAAUAUGACAAAUUUUGCAACUUACACUCUGAUGGAACCACAAGACUCUAAAUCAUACAGGUAUAUUUAUUUCACAUGCUUUUUGUUCCUCUAUGUUAUGAUACUGUUUGUGAACAUUUGGCUCAGUGUUGUUAUUGUCUUGGAGAGAGCCCUUCAUGAACCAAUGUACAUUUUUCUGUGCAAUCUUUGUGUGAAUGACAUUUAUGGAACAGCAGCAUUUUAUCCUAAAAUCUUGCAUGAUUUAAUAUUGAAUUCAUACAUAAUUCCAUCUUACAUGUGUGCUUUCCAGGCCUUUAUUGUUUAUACUUAUGUCAUGUGUGAAUAUUCUACAUUAGCAGUGAUGGCAUAUGACAGACAUGUGGCCAUAUGUCGACCUUUAGACUAUCACUCAAAGAUGAACACAUUUUCAUGCUGCAUAUUACUUGGCUUCUGUUGGAUCAUACCAUGUCUUAAUAUGUUCAUUGCAGUUUUCUUGUCAAAUAGGUUGGUACUAUGUAAAAAUCAUAUUGACAAGUUGUAUUGUGACAACUGGUCAAUUGUAAAACUCUCAUGUGGAUCAACUUUUGUCAAUAACCUUUAUGGAUUUAUUUUUAUUUCGUUAUAUUUCGGUCUUGUGAUUGUAAUUAUGGUGUCCUAUAUUAAACUGAUCAUUGCAUGUAAAGCAUCAUUAGAGUGCAGAAGGAAAUUCUGGCAGACAUGUGUGCCUCAUUUACUUUCAUUGAUAAAUCUCACUGUUGCAAUACUUUUUGAUACCAUCUAUAACAGAUAUGGAUCAAGUGAUUUCCCUGUAGCCCUGCGUAAUUUUUUGGCUUUAGAAAUGAUUAUAGUGCCACCUCUUUUCAAUCCCAUAAUUUAUGGCUUAAAACUAACAGAAGUUCGCAAAAGAAUCCUAAAAUUAUGCAUGAAUUGUACUAAAGAAUGA